CACCACUCUAUAGGCACCAGGCAGAGCGCCUCUCAACAUCAGCCAGUGAUCAGUCUGGUGACAUACGGCUACAAGCAUGAACUACCCCUUAACCCUGGACGUGGACCUUAUCAACUACAACCUGGAGGAGAUGUACAAGGAACUAGGCAACUACAGCGACAGCACGGAGAGCCCCAUGGUGGAAAAUCAUGUCUGCUCCACAGUGGAGGGGCCCCUCCUGACCUCCUUCAAGGCCGUGUUCAUGCCAGUGGCCUACGGCCUCAUCUUCCUCCUGGGUAUGAUGGGCAACAUCCUGGUGCUGGUGAUCCUGGAGCGGCACCGGCAGACACGCAGCUCCACCGAGACCUUCCUGUUCCACCUGGCCGUGGCCGACCUCCUCCUCGUCUUCAUCCUGCCUUUCGCCGUGAUCGAGGGCUCCGUGGGCUGGCGCCUGGGCACUUCCCUCUGCAAAAUUGUGAUUGCGCUGCACAAGAUCAACUUCUACUGCAGCAGCCUGCUCCUGGCCUGCAUCGCCGUGGACCGCUACCUGGCCAUCGUCCACGCCGUCCAUGCCUAUCGCCACCGCCGCCUCCUCUCCAUCCACAUCACCUGUGCCACCAUCUGGCUGGCGGGCUUCUUCUUCGCCUUGCCAGAGAUGAUCUUCGCCAAAGUGAGCCAACCCCAUCACAACGACUCUCUGCCACGCUGCACCUUCUCUCAGGAGAACCGAGCGGAAACCAACGCCUGGUUCACCUCCCGCUUCCUCUACCACAUCGGAGGGUUCCUGCUGCCCAUGCUGGUGAUGGCCUGGUGCUAUGUAGGAGUGGUGCACAGGCUGUGCCAGGCCCAGCGGCGCCCCCAGAGGCAGAAGGCAGUCAGGGUGGCCAUCCUGGUGACGAGUGUCUUCUUCCUCUGUUGGUCACCCUACCACAUCGUCAUCUUCCUGGACACCUUGGCAAGGCUGAAGACCUUGAGCAAUGGCUGUGAGCUGAACGGCUACCUCUCCGUGGCCAUCACCAUGAGCGAGUUCCUGGGCCUGGCCCACUGCUGUCUCAAUCCUAUGCUCUACACGUUCGCAGGGGUGAAGUUCCGUAGUGACCUGUCGCGCCUUCUGACCAAGCUGGGCUGUGCCGGCCCUGCCUCCCUUUGCCAGUUCUUCCCUAGUUGGCGCAAGAGCAGCCUCUCUGAGUCAGAGAAUGCUACCUCCCUCACCACCUUCUAGGUCCCGGGGCCCUUUGUUUGUGCUUUCCUUGGCGGAUGCGCUGUUCCUGACGCCUCCUCCAACAGGACCUGGGAUCCUAAGAGCUUGCUGUGGCCAGUGUCCUCACACGGGGGCAGCUGGAUGAACCAACCCCUUUCCAGGUCAUUCCUGCCAUCUCUUCUUCUGGCCCCAGGCCUGGGCUGCAGGCCAGGGGGGCGGGCAGCCCAAAGACAAAAGUGAAGGAUACCUGUGCCCAGCUGUAUCCCCUGGGGCUGGGAUGACCCCACACACCUAGCUUCAUCUCAACCAUUGGAAGCUCAAGAAACAACUUUUACUUCUGCCCUGGCCCACUGGGGGAGUCGGUCCCCUCACAGAAUGCACCGCAUCAGCUUAUGGACCACCGACCUGCACCACCACCCACCUCUCCUCUCGCCCCACCUGCCGAAGGAAGCCGGAGGCCGAGCACUGGGCAAUGGAUGGAGAUCAAGGCUGAGGAAAGGCCACCUGGCGAAAGAGUGUGGCCUUAAUGUCUCGGUCACUAACAAACACAGACUUUCUGCCAGGCCACCAGCCCGGCAGCAUCUUGACCAAGCAGGAAACUCAGACCGACUCAAUCCCGGAAGCUGCUUCUGGCCCUGACCAAAAUGGCGCUGGGCCAGCCCCACGUCACUGGGCUCUGGGAGGUCUGCAGACUGAAGGCAGACUCCAGGUGCCCUCAGAGACCAGCCAGCCCAUGUCACACGGAAGAAAUAAGGCCCAGCCAGCAAGAGAAGCCACUAUAAGAAAAGAUUCUCCUUCCUCAGUAAAAACCAAAGCCCACUGUCUCCUCUGCCCGGUGUAGAGAGGGCUAAGGGCAGCCGGGUCCAGGGUCCUGGUAGGUGUGAGCACUGAUAAGGUAGGAGGCCAACUGUUUCUUCCCACCCCCUUUCUGCAAGCUACACAGCAGAGGGAUCCCCAUCACAAGAAGGGAGCACUGCGCCGAGAGUCAGAACGGAGAUGGAGACCCCCCUACCCCGAGAGGGAUCACAGACUGAAUGUGGUCAUCACAUCCAGCCCCCUGCCUGCAGGCCAAACCCAGAGCUUGCCUGUCUCUCCGGGCCUCAGCAAGAGGCGCGAGGCAUCCCCUUCAUCUAGGCAG